CGUUAUCCGAGACAGCCAAUUUACACGGUUUGUCAUCAAAGCUCUUGUAAAUGGCUUUCACGCUCUCUCAUCAAUGCUACAUUUAUCUUCAGCUCUCUUUUACUCCAACCAUUCCAACCUCUUCUUCCAUUGAUCUUCUUCUUCAUCUACUUAUUAUUGUUCUUCCACAUUUGUAGUAGCUUGAACUAGUACUCGUGGUCCAGAUUUCAGUGUGAUGGAGAUCGAAGUGACCACGGUCGCGGGUGCAAGUCAGUCUCAGCUUGCACCAUCGGGUCCAUUACUGUCAAUCGAGCGGUGUUCUUCGAACUCGGCCUACUUGGUUUGGGAGGAUCUAACCGUCGUGCUUCCCAAUCACGGGAAAGGCUCGUCGAGGAAGUUGUUGCAUGGGCUGAACGGUUACUGCGAACCCAGUCGGAUCAUGGCCAUUAUGGGACCUUCUGGUUCAGGAAAGUCCACACUGUUGGAUUCAUUGGCAGGACGGCUAGCAGGGAAUGUUAUUCAGAUGGGUGAAAUUCUCCUUAAUGGGAAGAAGAGGAGGCUAGAUUAUGGAGUUGCGGCAUAUGUGACACAAGAGGACGUGUUGCUCGGGACACUCACCGUUAGAGAAACCAUCAAAUACUCUGCGCUUCUGAGGCUUCCAACAAGCAUGAGUAAACAAGAGAUAAGGGGAGUGGUGGAUAGCACGAUCGAACAGAUGGGCCUCCUUGAUUGUGAAGAUAGAAUGAUAGGGAACUGGCACUUACGAGGCAUAAGUGGUGGUGAGAAAAAGAGGCUGAGCAUCGCCAUUGAGAUCCUCACAGGCCCUCGCCUCUUGUUUCUGGAUGAGCCAACAAGUGGGCUUGAUAGUGCAUCAGCUUUCUUCGUUAUCCAGACAUUAAGAAACAUGGCCCAUGAUGGAAGGACCAUCAUCUCCUCAAUCCACCAGCCAAGCAGUGAAGUGUUCGAACUCUUCGAUGAUCUGGUUCUCCUCUCCGGAGGAGAAACUGUUUAUUUUGGAGAUGCCAAGUUAGCCAUACAAUUCUUCGCUGAAGCUGGAUUUCCUUGCCCCAGCAAAAGGAACCCUUCUGAUCACUUCCUUCGUUGCAUUAACUCAGAUUUUGACCGUGUCACAGCAACAUUGAGAGGAUCUCAAAGAAUCCGCACUUCUUCGGAAAAUGAUCCAUGUUUAGAUCCUCUAUCAAGAUUUGGAACUUCGGAGAUCAAAUCAAUGCUCGUCGAGAAAUACAAGACCUCCGAGUACUCUGCAAGAGCUCGAAGACGGAUUCGAGAAAUUUCACAAAUUGAAGGGCUAGUUGUUGAAUGGAGCAAGGGAAGCCAGGCUACUUGGGGAAGGCAGCUCUCCACAUUGUGUAGGAGAUCUUUUGUUAACAUGUCUAGAGACAUGGGAUACUACUGGAUGAGAAUCGUAAUCUACAUUGUGGUGGCGAUUUGCGUGGGGACCAUUUAUUUCGACGUGGGGACGGGCUACACAGCCAUUUUGGCAAGAGUAUCAUGUGGUGGAUUUGUUUCUGGCUUCAUGACCUUUAUGUCCAUUGGAGGCUUCCCAUCAUUCAUUGAAGAAAUGAAGGUCUUUUAUCGCGAGAGGCUAAAUGGGCACUAUGGAGUGGCUGUCUACAUCCUAUCGAAUUUCCUCUCAUCAUUCCCAUACUUGCUUGCGGUGACCGUCUCUUCAGGAACAAUAACCUACUACAUGGUGAAAUUCCAUCCUGGAUUUUCCCACUACGCUUACUACGUUCUCAAUCUAUUCGGUUGCAUUGCGGUAAUAGAGAGCUUGAUGAUGAUAGUGGCGUCAUUGGUGCCCAACUUCUUGAUGGGCAUUGUAACUGGAGCUGGAAUUAUGGGAAUUAUGAUGAUGACAGCUGGGUUCUUCCGAUUGCUGCCUGAUCUUCCCAAGCCUUUCUGGCGCUACCCGAUUUCAUAUAUCAGUUACAGUUCAUGGUCAUUACAGGGUCAAUACAAGAACGACUUGCUUGGGCUAGAGUUUGAUCCUUUGAUACCCGGUGGCCCAAAAUUGAGAGGAGAGGAUGUCAUCCAUAAUAUAUUUGGGAUCGAACUGGGCCGUUCAAAGUGGUGGGACUUGGCCGCCGUGUUCGCUAUACUCUUCUCUUACAGAGUUCUCUUCUUCCUCAUAUUGAAGUUCAACGAGAUAGCUUCCCCAUUUUUCCGCACUCUUUACGCCAAGAGAACCCUCAAAAAUCUCAAGAAGUGGCCUUCUUUCAACAAAGUUCUAUCGUUCUCAGCUUCCUCAAAGCAGUCCACUUCUUUCCGUGGAGCAUCUUCACCUUCUCAAGAAUACCUCACCCACAAAGAGACUCCCUAACAGCAAACCAUGACAUUGUUACGCUCAUUCCAUUGAGAAUCAGUAGAAUAAAACUCAAGAUUUAUUUGGAAAUGAGAAACAUACCACCGUAAAAAGAUUUAUUAAAAGUUUUCACAAUCUUUCGCAAUUGUGAAAACGUAUUGACAUUGUUACAUUCGAAACUUAAAGAUCAGUUAGAAAUGCAAAAAAAUUCCCCUGAGAGAAAAUGUAUCAACAGUUUUCAUGAUCUUUCAUUAUACUGUGGGGCCGCCACAAGUGGCCCAUUCUUACAUAGUUUCUGAAACAUUGAAAAGAUUUCAGGGAAUUUUCCUUAGAAAUGAAGAAAUAAAUCAAAAAUUUCUUCA